AUGCGGUGGUUAUGGUACGCGAGCACAGGCCAACCCUAUAAGGUGAGCUGCUUGAUGUUGAUGUGGGCGCUCUUGAAUGUGGGGAUCGCCAACUCCUUGCUGCCCGUGUCCAUUGCGGCGCAGGUGCUCAUGGGAACGGUUUACACGUUCUGUAUUAAAGCCAACAACGACCUCAGCGUCUUCUACUCUUUGGGCUCCACGGAAACUUUCUUAGCCAUGCAAACGUUGGGCCGAAAUGCCGAGUCGCUUGGUGCUUUCUUGGCAGGCCUUGUGGCUAUGCAGCUCUAUGAGGGGAUUCAUCCUGUUGCUCCCUUCUUCGCGUGCGCUGGAGUUACCUUUGUCAUUCUGCUGCUCUAUACGACAUGCUUCUGCCGGCGGCUUGGUUUCGGGCAGAACAUUGACGCAGCAGAGGAGGCGCGGUGCCAGCGCUUGAAGAUCAACCGCGAGAUUUCUUGGGGUUCGCGAGCAUGA